AUGCUUCAUAUUUCUAGGAUUUGGACAAAUUCUGCACGUUGGCAAUAUUUUGCAGCUUUGAUAGUAGUUUUUUCUUCGAGUUUAUUAGACAAUGUCGCCGAUUUUAAAGAAACAUAUGAUGAAAUUAGUAACGGAACAAUGACAACAAGUGGAUGGCAAAAGGCACGGACGAUCAGUCGAAUUACAUGUUACGCUCUUAAUUUUUUCCUUGUUUUAUUUACUUUGUGUUGGGUUCUACGCACUUACAACAGUUUUGCAAAAGAAAAUGAAAAAAUCAGACAAUUGUUCACUGGAAAUAUCAACGAUGUAGAAGCAGGAAUAGCUGCAAUAAAAAUUUACUCGGAAAAUGUGUUGGCUAAGAAAAGAAAUUGGAAAGAAAAUCAAACAUUGAAAAAUACCAACAUCUUUGCAAGUAUUUAUGUUAGCUGUUGUCUAGCUUGGUCAUUUGCCUAUGCUUAUGAAGUUGUCACAAUGCAGCAAACGAUAACGUUAGGUACAAUUUUAAAUUGUGUAGCACAUUUUCUAUCAUAUGGUUCGCUGGUUACUAUUAUGUGGUUGACAAAUAAAAUUAUUGAUGAAAUGAAGAAAACAGCGCUUCAAAAAAUGAGUCUCGAAUAUCGAAAUACAACUGUUGACUUGGUAUCAUUCAAAGUGUUCAUUCAACAUUAUGAUCCAUACGCAUCAUUAUUUACAAAAAGAAUAAACCUUCCAGGCAUUGCUACAACUGUACUUCCUGGAUUUGUAUCUUUAAUAUUACCUUUCAUUAAAAGUCGCUUCCAUUGGUAA